AUGCAAGUUGCCAGCGUCCUUUCAGACCUCGCGUCACUGCGAGCUUGCGAUCACGCAGAUGCGCUCGCUUUGGUCAACAUCCAUAAAGCCGAGCAGACUCACGGCCGGUCUCAGAACCAGGACGUGCAGAGAGCGACAGAGCUCAUUGAACUGCAUAGAAAUAUGAAGGAGCAUCACAUCUAUCAAAAUGGCGGAGUAGAUGCUGCGCUUCAACAGGCCCGGAUGGACGUGGAUGCCGUGUUGGCGAAGCUGGGACGAUCCUGA